AUGCGCUCCCUGGAAAUUCGCGCUUUGCCCCCCUGUGCUGACCCUCGCCCAUCGCCCUUGCCCUGCCCGCCCACCGCCCGUCGCCCUCGCCGCCUAGCCGCCCGUCGACCUCGCUUCCCUCGCCCAUCGCUCUCGCUUUCCCCGCCUACCACCCUCGCCUCGCCUGUCCCCCUCGCCGCUUCCCCGCCCGCCGCCCUCGCAUCCGCCCGUCACCCGCCCUUCUGCCCGUCGCCCUCCCUUCCGCCCACCGUCCUUCCUUCCCCUCGUCGCGCUCCCUCCCGCCCGUCGCCCUCCCUUCCGCCCGUCGCCCUCCCUUCGUCUCGUCGCCCUCCCGUCCUCCCGUUGCCUUCCCUUCCGCCCGCCGCCCUUCUUUUCCCUCGUCGCGCUCCCUUCCCCCCGUUGCCCCCCUUCGUCUCGUCGCCUCUCUGUCGCUCGUCGCCCUCCUUCCCGCUCGUCCCCUCGCAAUCCCCGUCUCUCUCUCCCCCCGUCGCCCUCUCUUUCCCCGUCGCCCUCCCAUCCACUCCUCGUUGUCCUCGCCAUCCCUCCCUUCUCCCUUCUCAUCUCGCACACUUGUCACGCCCCCUUUCCCACCUGCACAUGCACCCUUCCCAUUCCCGAAUAAUCGCCUUUCACCCCCACACUGCAUACAUCUCUCCCUUUUCCCCCCAUCAAUCGCCCUGCUCCCCACCGUCCUCCCCCCAGCUCUCUCCCCGGCAUCUCCCUCGCUCCCCACGUCCCCUUCCCUGCUUCCCCCCAUCCCCUUCCGUGCUUCCCCCAUCCCCUUCCGUGCUUCCCCCCAUCCCCUUCCGUGCUUCCCCCCCAUCCCCUUCCCUGCUUCCCCCCAUCCCCUUCCGUGCUUCCCCCCAUCCCCUUCCCUGCUUCCCCCCAUCCCCUUCCGUGCUUCCCCCAUCCCCUUCCGUGCUUCCCCCCAUCCCCUUCCGUGCUUCCCCCCAUCCCCUUCCGUGCUUCCCCCCCAUCCCCUUCCCUGCUUCCCCCCAUCCCCUUCCGUGCUUCCCCCAAUCCCCUUCCGUGCUUCCCCCCAUCCCCUUCCGUGCUUCCCCUCAUCCCCUUCCGUGCUUCCCCCCAUCCCCUUCCGUGCUUCCCCCCAUCCCCUUCCGUGCUUCCCCCCGUCCCCUUCCGUGCUUCCCCCCAUCCCCUUCCCUGCUUCCCCCCAUCCCCUUCCGUGCAUCCCCCCAUCCCCUUCCGUGCUUCCCCUCAUCCCCUUCCGUGCUUCCCCCCAUCCCCUUCCGUGCUUCCCCCCAUCCCCUUCCGUGCUUCCCCCUGUCCCCUUCCGUGCUUCCCCCCAUCCCCUUCCCUGCUUCCCCCCAUCCCCUUCCGUGCUUCCCCCCGUCCCCUUCCGUGCUUCCCCUCAUCCCCUUCCGUGCUUCCCCCCAUCCCCUUCCGUGCUUCCCCUCAUCCCCUUCCGUGCUUCCCCCCAUCCCCUUCCGUGCUUCCCCCCAUCCCCUUCCCUGCUUCCCCCCGUCCCCUUCCGUGCUUCUCCCCAUCCCCUUCCCUGCUUCCCCCCAUCCCCUUCCGUGCUUCCCCUCAUCCCCUUCCGUGCUUCCCCCCAUCCCCUUCCGUGCUUCCCCUCAUCCCCUUCCGUGCUUCCCCUCAUCCCCUUCCGUGCUUCCCCCCAUCCCCUUCCGUGCUUCCCCCAAUCCCCUUCCGUGCUUCCCCUCAUCCCCUUCCGUGCUUCCCCCCAUCCCCUUCCCUGCUUCCCCCCAUCCCCUUCCGUGCUUCCCCCCAUCCCCUUCCGUGCUUCCCCCCGUCCCCUUCCGUGCUUCCCCCCAUCCCCUUCCGUGCUUCCCCCCAUCCCCUUCCGUGCUUCCCCCCGUCCCCUUCCGUGCUUCCCCCCAUCCCCUUCCCUGCUUCCCCCCAUCCCCUUCCGUGCUUCCCCCCGUCCCCUUCCGUGCUUCCCCCCAUCCCCUUCCGUGCUUCCCCUCAUCCCCUUCCGUGCUUCCCCCCAUCCCCUUCCGUGCUUCCCCUCAUCCCCUUCCGUGCUUCCCCUCAUCCCCUUCCGUGCUUCCCCCCAUCCCCUUCCGUGCUUCCCCCAAUCCCCUUCCGUGCUUCCCCUCAUCCCCUUCCGUGCUUCCCCCCAUCCCCUUCCGUGCUUCCCCCCCAUCCCCUUCCCUGCUUCCCCCCAUCCCCUUCCGUGCUUCCCCCCAUCCCCUUCCCUGCUUCCCCCCAUCCCCUUCCCUGCUUCCCCCCAUCCCCUCCCUGCUUCCUCCAUCCUCUCGCACUCUCACUCUCCUUCCCCCACCCUCUGCCCUGUUCCCACCUAGCUUCCCCCCAUCCCUGCCUUUUCCUCCCACCCUCCUUCCCCCACUCUCCUUCCUCCUGCACUCUCUCCCUCCGUCCUCUCGCACUCUCACUCUCCUGCACCCUCUGCCCUGUUCCCACGUGCCCUCCCCAUCCCUGCGUUUUCCCUUCCCUCCCCCAGCCGUUCACAACCCUUCCCUUCCUUUUCAUGCCCUACCCUUCCCCCUCACUCCUCACCUUCCACCCUCUAAUGCCCAUGCAUGCUUGCUCACUCUCUUACAGGUGCCCAGCACCAGAUGUGGCUUUACCACAGCCUGGUUUAUUGCUUGCAGUGUAGCAGACAAAACCGGGAAGCAACAUUAG